AUGGCCUCGAGGGAAGCAGGCUCGCAUUUGCAAGAUGACGUGCUGCGGCACAGCCUAGACAAGCCGGAGGAAUUCUGGGCUCACCAAGCCGAACAGCUUCACUGGCACGAAAAGCCGACCGAGACCCUGCGUCGCACACGACGAACGCUCCAGGAUGGCAGCGUAAGCCACGACUCUUGGGAAUGGUUUCCCGGCGGCAAGAUAUCCACAUGCUACAAUUGUAUUGACAGGCAUGUGGAGGCCGGUCGAGGCGAUGCUGCCGCCGUCUACUACGACAGCCCCGUUACCGAGACCAAGGCGACAUACUCGUACCGCCAGUUGCUGGACGAGGUUGAGCUUCUUGCGGGCGUGCUGCGGGCCGAGGGCGUCGGGAAGGGACAUGUUGUCCUGCUGUACAUGCCCAUGAUCCCGUCCGCCGUGAUCGGCAUGUUCGCAGUCAACCGUCUGGGUGCCGUCCAUGCCGUCGUUUUUGGUGGAUUCGCCCCCAAGGCCCUCGCGCAACGCAUCGAGGCCUGCAAACCUGUUGCUAUACUUACGGCAUCAUGCGGAAUCGAUGGAAACAAGCCGCCCAUUGCAUAUCAGCCGCUCGUCGAAGAGGCCAUAAGGAUUUCCCCGCACAAGCCUACGAGGACCCUUAUUUGGCAACGGCCGCAGGUUAGGUGGAAUCCUGAUCGCAACAGUGGACAGGCUACAUGGCAAAAGGUAGUGAGAAGUGCCCGCGCCAGGAACGUCAGGGCAGACUGCGUGCCUGUUGCGAGCACUGACCCUGUGUAUGUCAUCCACACGUCCGGCACGACUGGUGCUCCGAAGGGUGUGAUGAGAGACGCUGCUGGUCACGCCGUGGGGCUCAACUUCUCUAUACGCUACCUGUUUGACAUCCAUGGGCCCGGGGACGUCGUCUUCACAGCGUCGGACAUCGGAUGGGUCGUUGGUCACUCCUACAUCGUGUAUGCGCCACUGCUAGCUGGUGCGUCAACCGUUCUCUACGAGGGGAAGCCCGUCGGCACACCGGAUGCCUCGGCGUUUUGGAGGAUGAUAGAGGAGUACCGGGUCAACACCAUGUUCACGGCACCAACCGCUCUCCGAGCCAUCAAGAGGGAUGACCCGGAAAACAGAUGCUUGUCCGCAGUCGGUGCUCGCGGAGGCCUCCGCAGCCUGAAAUCGUUGUUCCUAGCGGGAGAACGCUCAGAACCUUCCCUCAUUUCCAUGUACCAAGACCUUUUGAACGAGCACGCUGCCCAGGAUGCCCACGUGGUCGACAACUGGUGGUCCAGCGAAUCUGGCUCGCCCAUCACUGGCCGUGCUUUGGUUCCUCACAUUGGCAUGGACAGAGCCUCGUCGGUCCGAAACCACCCACCUGCCACGAUCAAGCCCGGAAGCGCCGGCAAGGCGAUGCCUGGGUUUGACGUCCGUGUUGUGGAUGAUGAGGGCCGCCCAGUCACAGCCGGCACCAUGGGCAACAUUGUCUUGGGUAUGCCGCUGGCACCUACGGCAUUUAGAACGUUGUGGGAGGACGAGGAGAGGUUUUACAAGAGCUACCUGAAGAGAUUUGACGGCAAAUGGCUGGAUACGGGAGACGCUGGUAUGAUUGACAAGGAUGGCUAUGUACACGUCAUGAGCCGCAACGACGACGUGUUGAACGUCAGUGCACAUCGACUGUCGAGCGGCGGCAUCGAGCAAGCAAUUACGUCCCACCCUCUCGUCGCCGAGGCCAGCGUUGUGGGAAUUCCAGACGCCAUCAAGGGCCAGCUCCCCUUUGCCUUCAUCACUCUUGCAACGGCCGACCAUCCCGAGUCACCAGUGCCCGACGAAAAGCUUGCUUCCGAGAUCCAAGCCUUGGUGCGAGAACAGGUGGGAGCCAUUGCGUCGCUGGGAGGCAUCGUCCAGGGCAAAGGCAUGAUCCCCAGGACCCGCUCAGGCAAGACGCUGCGACGAGUCCUGCGCGAGUUGGUAGAAAAUGGCGUGCACGGCGAGUUUGACAAGAAGGUGACGGUGCCGAGUACUGUUGAGGACUCGUCGGUCGUCGAGGUCGCGAGGGCAAAAGUACGCGAGUACUUUGAGAAGAGUCGUGGGAAACAUGCGGCCGUCUAA